AAAUCUCAGUGAGAGAGAGAGAGGGUAGAGAGAGAAAGAGAGCGAUUUGAAGUGGUGGAGGCGACUUAGAGAGAGAGAGAGAGAGAGAGAGAGCGAAAGGAGAUUUUUGAGUCGCCAAUUGGGUUGCCGGCAGUGUUCUUGUUCAGAGAUCGAUUCUGGGUUUUCAGAAGAAAUGGCUUCAAGAGUAGUUGUUCCACAGCAAGCAAGAAGUGAGGCAGUCGUUGGUGGAGAAAAUAAGGUGCAAAAGAAAAACGUUGCAGCCGAUGGGAGAAACAGAAGAGCACUUGGUGAUAUUGGCAAUAUGGUAACUGUUCGACCUAAUGACGCCAAGCCUCAUCGCCCCAUCACAAGGAGUUUCCGCGCACAACUAAUUGCCAACGCAGAAGCCGCGAAAGCCGUUGCGAACAACAAGAAACAAGCUUGUGUCAAUGUAAACGGAUCGCUUGCCGUUCCUGAGGCAGUCCCAGCGGGACAAAAACGAGAUGAGGCAGUGCCUAAACCCGUCCACAAAAGGGCUAAUCUUGUUAAGCCAAAGCCCCAACAAGAGCUGAUUGAGGUAAGCUCGGAUUCAGAUGAUGAUGCCAAGAAGAAGAACGAGAUCAGAGUCAAGAAAAAAGAUGGAGAAGGAGCGUCAAGGAAGAAAGCCCCAACUCUUUCUUCUGUCCUUACUGCCAGAAGCAAGAUGGCCUGCGGUAUAACUAAUAAACCGAAGGAGAAUAUUGUCGACAUUGACGCAGCAGACAUUAACAAUGAAUUGGCUGCAGUUGAGUACGUUGAGGACAUGUACAAAUUCUAUAAGCUGGCUGAGAACGCGAGCAGGCCUCAUGACUACAUUGAUUCACAGCCUGAGCUGAAUGAGCAGAUGAGAGCCAUACUGGUGGAUUGGCUUGUAGAAGUUCACAUCAAAUUUGAACUCUCCCCCGAAACCUUUUACCUGACGAUCAACAUAGUCGAUAGGUUUCUCGCUGUGAAGACCGUUCCGAGGAAGGAACUGCAGUUGGUGGGCAUUAGCGCUAUGCUUAUGGCCUCAAAAUAUGAAGAAAUCUGGGCUCCUGAGGUCAAUGAUUUUGUAUGCCUCGCAGACAGAGCUUACACACACGAACAGAUUCUAAAGAUGGAGAAGAUCAUAUUGGGCAAGUUGGAAUGGACAUUGACAGUUCCCACAGCUUACGUGUUCCUUGUUCGUUUCAUAAAGGCUUCUGUUCCAAAUGACAGAGAAGUGGAAAAUUUGGUAUACUUUCUUGCUGAGUUGGGAAUAAUGCACUAUGCGACCAUAAUGUAUUGCCCUUCUAUGAUUGCCGCCUCGGCAGUCUACGCCGCUCGGUCCACUCUCAACAAGAGCCCCGUUUGGAACGACACUCUCAAGCUUCACACUGGUUAUUCGGAGGCACAAGUCAUUGAUUGUGCAAAGCUUCUGGCGAUUUUGCAUUCAACGGUUUUGAAGAGUAAGCUUCGGGCGGUGUACAGGAAGUAUUCAAGUUCAGAGAGGGGGUGUGUGGCUAUGCUUCCAGUGGCCAAAGCUCUCUUGCCUGCUGCUGGUGCUGGAUCCAUAUGAGAGAGAGAAGAAAGAAUGUCAUUUUUUUUUUAACUAUUUUUUGGGUGAAAAUAUGGGAGAAGAGUUGUGCUAAUGAUGAUGGAACUUAAUUUGUUUAUUGUUUGGGAUGUUGACUAUCAAUUUGCUCCUCUAGCAAAUUGUCUUGUGACUUUUUCAAUUAUGUUGAAAUGACUAUCAAUCCUCUGUUACUUUAAUUCAAAGAAAUGAUGAUAUCUUUCAUUUAUACUAUAUAA